UCAUGUCUUCCAUUUCGCAAGAAAAGCCAGAGCCCGCUCGUCCUAUCAUAACGCUUGAAGAGCACUUCCUUUCCCGUGCUUCCCUCUCGAAACCUAAUAUCUACAAUGACGAAUUCAAAGGCCUUCCUGGGCUUAUGGAACAAUUCACUGAGCUUGGUGACCUACGUAUAGCGGAUAUGGAUUCCGGGGAGGUUACUAUGCAAGUGAUAUCCCACGGACCUGGCGAUCUCUCGCCAUCCCAAUGUCGCGACUGCAACGAACAACUUGCCGAGGCCAUUCAAAAAUAUCCAAAGCGGUUUGCCGGAUUUGCCGAGCUGCCUAUGGAGGAGCCUGUGGAGGCUGCAAAAGAGCUCCGACGCACUUGCGCGGAUGGAAUACAAGGCACAACAUUCGUCGGCGCAUUGGUGGAUAGCCAUACAGAAACCGGAGUCUAUUAUGAUGGGCCUGAUUUUGACGUAUUCUGGAGAGAAGUCGAGAGAAUCGAUGUCCCUAUCUACAUUCAUCCUACGUGGCCAUCUGAACAACAAUCUACCGCUUUCGAAGCGCCGCACCUCCCAAAGCCUGUGCUGACAAGCAUACUUGCCUUCGGUUUUGGAUGGCAUAGCGACACAGCGAUGCAUGUCAUGCGCCUUUACGCUGCGGGAGUAUUCGAUCGCUUCCCGAAGGUCAAGAUCGUGAUUGGGCAUAUGGGCGAGAUGAUGCCGUAUAUGCUUCAGCGCAUAGAGCGCGUCACCUCGCGAUGGGGGAAGUCGCGAUCGUUUAGGGAAGUUUGGGACACGAAUCUAUGGUUGACGACAAGCGGUAACUGGGCGCUGGAUCCACUGGCUUGUAUUCUGAGAAAUACAAAGCACGACAGGAUUAUGUACAGCGUAGAUUACCCGUUCUCCAAAAGUAAGGAUGGAUUGAAGUGGCUGGUGGAGCUAGAAAAAAGUGGCAUGGUUACUGAAGACGUUCUGGAGGGGAUUAGGUGGAAAAAUGCUGCGAAACUUUUGGGGUUGGAUGUUCAUGCAUCGUGA